GGUGAACUGCGCGGGAAAUGAGCAGUAUUGCAGAGGAUAAAGAAAAUAUCCAGGAGCCUCUGAAUAAGAAAAUCUGCACGAUGCCGAUCGAUUCUGUUGUUUUAAAAUUCGCAAAACUCUCUAAAAAUGCUUUCUCUCCAACAAGGGGUUCAAAAUUGGCAGCUGGAUAUGACUUGUACAGUGCUUAUGACUAUGUUAUUCCUGCAAAAGGGAAAGUGAUUGCAAAAACAGAUAUCCAGAUAGCCCUACCUGAUGGCUGCUACGGGAGAGUUGCUCCACGAUCAGGACUGGCAGCAAAACACUUCAUAGAUGUGGGAGCUGGCGUGAUAGACCAGGAUUACAGAGGAAAUGUAGGAGUGGUUAUGUUCAACUUUGCUGAUCAAGACUUUGAAGUUAAGAAAGGAGACAGAAUGGCCCAGUUGAUUUGUGAGAGAAUUUACAUCCCAGACCUGCAGGAAUGUGAAAGGCUGGAUGACACAGAUCGGGGAGAAGGAGGAUUUGGAUCCACAGGGAAAAACUGAAUCUGUUUGUUUUCCCAGAGAUAUGCAAACUCUUUGAUUAGAUUACAAUAUCUUAAGAUCAGAUCAGUGAAUCAAAAGAUGAGAAAGAGUUGGAUAAUUGUCAUAGGACUGUUGGAAUCUGUUUAAAAAGAAAACAAUUAAUAUGACUGCAGUUUGAAAAUUCUUGUAGCUUAUGAUGGCAGUGGAAAGAUUGAAUGUGACUUUGAUGUGAAAAUUUUAUAAAUUACAUGUAGAUGAGGCUUGUAAAACAUUUUAAAAAUGUAAGUGUAUUUCGAGAGCUCUUUCUGUUUGAAUUUAUAUGUGUAUUCAGUACAUAUUUAGUUCGAAAACAUUUUCUUGCAUCUGGUUACCUUUUUGCAUCAGAUCUCAGGGUACAGAAUCUUCUUGUUGCAUUUUGUUGCUUUCUUUCUCAAUGAUACCACCUGAUGUAUUCAUUUUGUAAAUAAAUAUUUACAUAUA